GGUUUUGAUCAAUCAUUACAGGCCUUAAACACUGUUGAGUGUUAUAAUCCCAGUAUUGAUAUGUGGACACCAAUCGCAAACAUGUGUGAACAUCGCAGUUUUGCCGGUGUAGGAGUUUUUAACGGUGAACUGUAUGUUGUAAGCGGUCGUAAUAGAUCAAACCUUUUGAGUAGUGUUGAAAAAUACAGACCAAGUACAGGUGUUUGGAAAACUAUUGCAGACAUACUUUUGCCUCAAAAGUAUGCAGAUGUAGUCGCAUUAAAUGGUUUAUUGUAUGUCAUCGGUGGAAUGAACGAAACUUCUAUUUUGAAUUCUGCAGAAUAUUACAACCCAAACACCAAUACCUGGGCUAUGGUCACAUCAAAAAUGAAUUUGAUGCGCUAUUCCCCUGGAGUAGUCGCCAUUAAUAGGCCAAAGCAUUUUACAACUGGUUAG